AUGUUCUUUCAUUUGUGUGGCCAUUUGGUCCAUGCGACAAUCACUCAUCCUACCGCCCUCGUUGCCUCGUCUUGUAUGGCGCGGCUCUACGAAGAGAUACUUUGUCGCGAAGACAUUGUCUACUUGCUUCCGAUACAUAAUUGGUUCAUCUCGGUUGGGUGUUUACCACAAAUCCACGCCCUGUCUGGAAGAUUCUAUGCCGAUGCGACCUGCCAGGAAGAAUUGGACAUUUUACUCAAAGCACUGAAGACCAUGGGUAUCAAAUGGCCUCAAGCGAAGAACCUUCGAAACGCUGUGGACCGACUUGUGAAGAAAAGGGUCAGCCGACCGCAAGUGGCCGAGUCCAGGGAAACAGAUCGCCCAGAAUACCUGGUCGAUGGAGGCAGUGCUCAUUUAAAUGGGUUUGUACGAGAGCUAUUCCCUUUCCCUGAGACCAUGUGUCCCAGGAUUGCUAUGCUUGAUUCGGUCGACCCUAUACCGAAUCUCGAGGAAAAUAUAGGAGAAAGACCUCCUCUAUGGGAUGAAGAUUAUCAGUUCAACUGGGUCCUAGACGCCUCUGGCCUCAACCCCCUCAACGAGAGUUUCGAAAACUUUUCGAAUCUGUAUCCUACUGGAAAUGGCUUAAACUUUUGA